AUGACCAUUAAUGUAGAAAAUGAACCAAAUUCAAUCAAACAGGAAAAUAUUAUAGUUCCAUCAUUUAUUACAACAACUGAUGAAGAUAAUGAGAAUCUACUCAAUAAUAAUAAUAAUAAUAAUACACCAUUAAAAUCCGAUCGAGAAUCAAGAUCUUGUCAAUCAAGAUUGCUCAAACGAAAUAGAUCAAUAAAUAGUGUAACAUCUCGUCAAAAUUACAAUGAAACAAUAUGA